UUUAAUAUUCAGCUUUAUUAAAAAAAAAAAAAAGAGAGAGAGAGAAGGAAAAUACAGUGAAUGAAGAAAGUGAGGAGGAGAAGACGUUGUAUGAUCGAUGAAUUUAUAGAUUUCGGCGGGUCAAUCUCCAUGAUGAUGGUUUCCGUCUCUCCGAUUUGAUUGUUUUUUCUGAACAUUUUAUAAUUUUGUUUCCAGCUGUCGGAAUUCGAAUUCUCUAUUAGGAGUAGAUAAUGCGGAGCACUUCAUUUUGGGUUUGAUUUGUAAUUUUUUUUCUCUAUUUUCUCAAAUUUUAGAUGGGAUUCAAUGAUUGCCCAGAAAAUGGGAAGCAUGGAGGUUCCUUGAGUGCUUUGAUUUAUUCGGUCUGUUAUUUGUUUCCGCGUCAGCACAGCUGGAUUUUCCCCAGAAAUAGGGGUUCGCUCCAUAUUUAAAUCUGUUUUUAAGGUCUGGUUUUCCGAUUUUUAGAUGCUGUGCAAUUUGGAAUCAUUUUAUCAAUUCUGCUUGAAUUAGGAAUUUUUUUAAUUUUUGGUAAAUAAGGAAGGGGGUGCAGCUAGAGGUUUCCCGGAUCGGAUUGAUAAGGAAUUCUGAGUUAGGUUGCUAUUUGCGUGGUGAUUUCGACAAUGUAGUUUGGGCUUUACGUUUUGAUUGAGAAUUCAGCAAUCAGAAUAGUAGAGGAUUGAUGGUGAGCCACUGUUUGAUGGGCGUUGAUUGGUAGCAUUUCAGUUUAGGCAUGGGAACAAGGAGCUUUGUUUAGGAUUGAUUUAAGAAUUCGUAGGUUUUGUUUGUCCCAAGUGAUACUUCCAGCUUCUUGCAUCUGAGAAUUCCAUUUUUACAGAAUUUGUAUAGGCAUGUAAGUAGAUAACAAAUGAGUGAAGUACAAUGAGCGGGAGGCUAGGUUUCUCGUGUAGAUGGAUGCCUCGGAUAGGACGCUGCCUGAUCUGGUUGGGUUACUGAAAGCAUGGAUCCCUUGGCGGUCAGAACCUGCUAAUGUGUCAAGGGACUUUUGGAUGCCUGAUCAGAGCUGUAGAGUAUGUUAUGAAUGCGAUUCCCAGUUCACAUUGUUUAAUCGUAGGCACCACUGUCGACUCUGUGGACGAGUUUUCUGUGCCAAGUGCACGUCUAAUUGGGUUCCUGCACCAUCCACUGAUCCAAGCAAUCCCCGAGAAGAACGGGAAAAAGUCAGGGCUUGUAAUUAUUGUUUUAUGCAAUGGGAGCAGGCUUUAGUUGCAGCUGUUGAUAAUGGGAUUCAGUUUGUUGACCUGGAUUCUGGUCCUUACACUUCUGCAACCAGUUUUACUAGCUUUAAAUCUGAUGGAAACUGCGAUACUUCUAGCAAUACAUCAAUGCCGCACUCCAUGGCUGGACUUAGCUCACAUCAGUCACCAAUGACAGAAUUGUCUAAAGACAGGGAGGGUGUUGUCACAGCCAGAGGGAAUUCUGAUCACGAUGCUGCUGACAUGGGAAUUUGCAAUUACUCUCCAACCCCAUCUGCAGUUUGUACAACAAGGAGUGAAGAAGAAGAAUAUGAUGCUUACCAGUUAGAUUCCGAAAGAAAACAUUUACCUCAGGUUAAUGAUUACUAUGGUCACAUUCAGUUCAAUGAUAUUCAUGAGGACUUUGGAUUAGGUGAAGUUCAUAUGGAUGGAGAAGCUAUUGAUACAAAGAGUGUGGGCAGCUUUUAUGUACAUAAUUGUAUUGACUCCCAGACUUCUGAAGAGGUCCAGAAAUUUGUGAAAAAGGAAGGUGAACCUGAUAUCAGUGAUGAAUGUGAAGCAUCUUCAUCUCUGUAUGCGGCAGAAAGUGUCAGUGCUGAACCUGUGGAUUUUGAGAACAAUGGGGUUAUCUGGAUCCCCCCUGAACCUGAAGAUGAAGAAGAUGAAAGGGAAGCCCUCCUGUUCGAUGAUGAUGAUGAUGGGGAUGCUGCUGGAGAGUGGGGAAAUCUUCAUGCUUCGAGCAGUUUUGGAAGUGGGGAGUACAGAAGCAAGGAUAAAUCAAAUGAGGAGCAUAAGAAAGUCAUGAAGAAUGUGGUUGAUGGGCACUUCAGGGCCUUAAUAGCUCAACUUAUGCAGGUUGAGAAUCUUCCUAUGGACGAGGAAGAUGAAAGAGACACUUGGUUGGAGAUAAUUACAUCCCUAUCAUGGGAGGCUGCUACUUUGUUAAAGCCUGAUACAAGUGAGGGUGGGGGAAUGGACCCUGGUGGAUAUGUAAAGGUUAAAUGUGUUGCUUCUGGACGCCGUAGUGACUGUUCGGUGGUCAAAGGAAUUGUUUGUAAGAAAAAUGUGGCUCAUCGGCGAAUGACAUCAAAAAUAGAGAAACCUCGCAUAUUGAUCCUUGGAGGGGCUCUUGAAUACCAACGGGUGGCUAAUGCCUUGUCAAGUUUUGAUACUCUGUUGCAGCAGGAAAUGGAUCAUCUCAAGAUGGCUGUUGCAAGGAUUGAUGCGCAUCAACCCGAUGUUCUUUUGGUGGAGAAAACUGUUUCCCGCCAUGCACAAGAUUACCUUUUGGCGAAGGACAUAUCAGUAGUUUUGAAUAUCAAAAGGCCACUUUUGGAGCGUAUAGCCCGUUGUACUGGUGGUCAAAUAGUACCGUCAAUUGAUCAUCUGUCAUCACAAAAAUUGGGACACUGUGACAUGUUCCAUGUUGAUAAGUUUGUAGAAGAGCAUGGUACAGCAGGGCAGAGUGGAAAGAAGUUGGCGAAGACACUGAUGUACUUUGAAGGUUGUCCAAAGCCGCUGGGUUGCACUUUACUACUUCGAGGUGCCAAUGGGGAUGAGUUGAAGAAAGUGAAACACGUGUUGCAGUAUUCAGUUUUUGCAGCUUACCACUUGGCGCUGGAAACAUCUUUUCUUGCUGAUGAGGGAGCGUCCCUCCCAGAACUUCCUUUGAAUUCACCAAUAACCGUGGCACUUCCAGAUAAACCAUCACCUAUUGAUAGAUCCAUCUCAAUGAUCCCUGGGUUCACUCCCCCUGGGGCAAGUGAAAAGACUCAGGGAUCUCCACCUUGUGGUCCACAGAGGUCAUACAGUGUUCCUACUGAGAAUCUGUUCAAGGAUUUUGCUACACAUUAUACUGCAAUUGGCACUGAUUGCGUAAAGUCCUCCAUUGCAUCUCAGCAGGGCAUCUCAAACCCUUCCUCAAAUGACUCCUUUCUCUCCUAUGUACCUGUGGACAGAAGUGCAGCAUCAUCCAAGGAAGAACCUUUUGGAUCAAAAAAUGUUUCUGAUUGUCCAAGAGACGAUCUUACAUGUAAUGGUUUUAGAACUUCAGAUGCAUUGGAAGUGGGAGGUGUGGCUGAGAAUGUGCCUACUUGCUUCAUAGUGGACACAAACCAAAGUGUUUCAAAUUCAGUUAAGGAACCAGCUUCUUCAAUGGAAGAGUUUCCUCCUUCCCCAUCUGACCAUCAGAGCAUUUUAGUUUCCUUAUCAUCCCGUUGUGUGUGGAAAGGGACUGUCUGUGAACGGUCUCAUCUCUUUCGGAUCAAAUACUAUGGGAACUUUGAUAAACCUUUGGGUCGCUUUCUACGAGAUCAUUUGUUUGAUCAAAGUUACAUAUGCCGUUCAUGUGAGAUGCCAUCCGAAGCACAUGUUCACUGUUAUACCCAUCGUCAGGGUACCCUCACCAUUUCUGUUAAGAAGCUGCCAGAAUUUCUUUUACCUGGCGAAAAGGAAGGGAAAAUCUGGAUGUGGCACAGGUGCCUUAAGUGUCCACGAAUGAAUGGCUUCCCCCCUGCAACCCGAAGAGUGAUAAUGUCUGAUGCUGCUUGGGGUUUAUCUUUUGGAAAGUUUUUGGAGCUCAGUUUUUCAAACCAUGCAGCUGCUAGCAGAGUAGCAAGCUGUGGCCAUUCUUUACAUAGAGACUGCCUUCGCUUUUAUGGGUUUGGAAAAAUGGUUGCUUGCUUUCGCUAUGCUUCUAUUAAUGUUCUUUCAGUGUACCUUCCUCCACCAAAGCUGGAUUUCAAUUAUGAGAAUCAGGAUUGGAUACAACAAGAAGUGAAUGAGGUCAAAAAUCGGGCUGAGCUCUUGUUCUCUGAAGUUCAGAAUGCGCUCAGUAACUUGGAAGAGCAAAAAUCUAGUGUUCUGCUUAACAGUGGUGUUAAAUUACCAGAAGCUAGGCACCAAAUGGCAGAUUUGGAGGAGAUGCUGCAGAAGGAGAAAGCAGAAUUUGAGGAAUCACUCCAGAAGAUUUUAAAUAAGGAAGCUAAAAAAGGGCAACCUAUAGUUGAUAUUUUUGAGAUUAAUCGACUGAGGAGACAACUGCUUUUCCAAUCUUAUAUGUGGGACCACCGUCUGGUAUAUGCUGCUGCUAGCUUAGAUAAUCAGAGUCCUGAUGAUGCAGACAUCUCUACUUCAGAUGUAGAUAAGUACACUGAUUCUGAUAUCCCUGUUGAUUCAAGCAAAGAUCUGUUUAAUUCUAAUCCUGUGUCACUGAAUGAAAAGCCCAAUGACAGCUGUGAAGAAGAAGGGGUUAGUGGUAGCAACAUAUAUCAGACCAAUGCCAUCAUGGAAGGAGGUGAUGCAGAUAUUAAUUCGAAGCGUGUAAUUCAAAAUCCAUCGAGUUUUUCCUUUAUAAUGAACAACACCGAUUCUCUAGAAUCCAAUGUAGUCCUUGCUAGAGCCCAUUCUGAUGUGUUCCCAAUUAUAGAGAACUUGUCGGACACUCUUGAUGCAGCUUGGACAGGUGAAAGUCAUUCUGACCUGGCUAGAGUAGAUUCUUUAAUUUAUAGAGUUCCAGAAAAGCUGGAUGUUGAGGACAGUGGAGAGGAGCAUAGUGGAUCUAAAUUGUCACAGUCUCCCUUGUUCUCCUCCAAGGGCGUAGAAAAUAUGGAAGAUUCUAUGAGCUGGUUAGGAAUGCCAUUUAUAAGCUUCUACCGGUCUUUGAACAAGAACUUUUUGGGUGGUUCUCAAAAACUGGAUACACUUUGUGAGUAUAAUCCUGUCUAUAUUUCAUCAUUCCGAGAGUCAGAUGCCCAAGGUGGAGCUAGGUUGCUCUUGCCUAUAGGUGUUAAUGAUACAGUUAUACCAGUGUAUGAUGAUGAGCCUGCCAGUCUUAUAUCUUAUGCACUGAUUUCACCUGAUUAUCUUCUCCAAGUGUCUGAUGAGGUUGACAGACCAAAAGAAUCUGCAGACCCUACCUUUUCCCUGCAGUCCUUUGAUUCGGGAAAUAUCCUGUCCCUUCAAUCAAUGGAGGAAAUUGCAUUAGAAUCCUGGAAGAGUCUUGGAUCUGAUUAUGAGAGUUUCUUGUCCUCUAAUGGAUCUCGUUGCGUGGAUCCACUCUCAUACAUGAAGGCAAUCCAUGCCAGAGUCUCUUUUGCAGAUGAUGGAUCACAAGGGAAAGCAAAAUAUACAGUAACUUGUUACUAUGCAAAGCGCUUUGAAGCUUUGAGGAGGAUAUGUUGCCCAUCCGAGAUAGACUUUGUAAGAUCUCUUAGCCGUUGUAAGAAGUGGGGAGCUCAAGGAGGAAAGAGCAAUGUCUUCUUUGCAAAGACCUUGGAUGAUCGAUUUAUUCUUAAACAAGUUACGAAGACAGAACUGGAAUCAUUCAUAAAAUUUGCUCCCGGAUAUUUCAAGUAUCUUACUGAGUCAGUAAGCUCUGGGAGUCCAACAUGCUUGGCAAAGAUUCUGGGAAUCUAUCAGGUUACAUCAAAGCAUCUUAAAGGAGGGAAGGAAACUAAGAUGGAUGUUCUGGUCAUGGAGAAUCUUUUAUUCGGCAGAAACCUUGCACGGUUAUAUGACCUUAAAGGAUCUUCCAGGUCUCGCUAUAAUGCAGAUAGUAGUGGAAGUAAUAAGGUGUUGCUCGACCAGAACUUGAUUGAAUCAAUGCCAACCUGUCCUAUUUUUGUUGGAAAUAAAGCCAAAAGACUGUUGGAGAGAGCUGUCUGGAACGACACCGCUUUUCUUGCAUCAAUUGAUGUAAUGGAUUACUCUCUCCUGGUUGGGGUUGAUGAAGAGAAGCAUGAACUGGUUCUCGGGAUUAUUGACUUCAUGAGACAGUAUACAUGGGACAAGCAUCUAGAGACGUGGGUUAAGGCGUCACGCAUCCUAGGUGGACCCAAGAACGCUUCGCCGACUGUAAUCUCACCAAAACAGUAUAAAAAGCGGUUCAGAAAAGCAAUGACGACAUAUUUUCUGAUGAUCCCAGAUCAAUGGUGGCCUCAGACCAUCACCCCCGGUAAAUCUCAGACUGAUGUGCCUGAGGAGAACACACACAAUACUGCUACCUCUGUGUCGUAAUAUUUUAUAUCUUUUUGUAUGUAUAAUCAAGCAAAUUCAGCAUUCAUCUACAUAGGUUCCCAAAUAUCUUCCUCUGCCAAGUUUUCUUAUUGUGAGGGCUAGUUCUGCACUCUUGUUUGUCUUCUCCUCAGGGGGGAAGAAUACACUCCAGGAAGGAUCUGUCUCU